AUGUCAACCGAACCUGGUUGUCGGAUCCAGUGGGAUGUCGCCGUGGAGGGGAUUAAGUCUCGAACAGACGAUUUGAUUGUUAAAGCGAGAUCAGUAUGCGAUUCCAUCGCUGCUCUUACAAAUCCUUCUUGGGACGAAGUGGCCAAGAAACUGGCGUUGUUCGAGGCUGAUUAUGGUACCGAAAGAAAUGCAAUCGAUUCCAUGCAGCAUGUCUCCCCGGAUAAAGAGCUGCGUCAAGCCAGUUGUAACGCAGCUAGGAAAUUUUCAGAUGUUGAAGUUGAAUUAGAGUAA